AUGGGUGACUGGUUGUUAGCAGUGCACUCUGGAGCAGGACAGUAUGGCUCCUCGAACGAAGCUGCGUACCUCUCGUUGCUUCAAUCAGCUCUUAGAAGCACUCAUGAGCGCAUUACGAACUCCCGUUGUCCACCUUCAGCAGCGCAAAUGGCAGUUUAUCUAUUGCACUCUUUCGAGCACAGUCGAUUCACGAAUGCGGGACUUGGUGCAAAUUUGACGGAAAACGGGCACGUCGAGUGCGAAGCGAGUGUUGUUUGUGGUCGGACGGGGUUCGUGGCUUGUUGUGGAGCUGUUCGUGGGGUGAAAGAGCCGAGUGCAUUGGCGCUGAAGUUACUGGAGCAAGCUGAGAGAGCAGGGGACCAUAACUUGAGCGGACAAUUUGUUUUUGGUCGACAGCCGCCUCUGGUGGUUGUUGGGGAACACACUCGACGAUUGGCUCGGGACUUUGGUCUUGAGACAGCAUGUGACGAUGCAGAAGAGUUGAGAAUGUACCAAGUGACACCAAAGUCUCGAGCACAUUGGAACAAGUGGCAUCAACGAUUUCUGGAGGCAGACACGAGCAAGAAAAGUGACACGAAGGAGGAGGAGAAGGACGACGGUGAACACUUGGACACUGUUGGAUCGGUCUGCAUGGAUUCCAAAGGGAACGUCGCAGCUGCAUUGUCAAGUGGUGGUGUGCUGUACAAGGUCCCCGGUCGUCUGGGACUAGCAGGCUGUCCUCGAAUGGGCUGCGAUGCUGCGAAUGCUGAUAUGGUGUGGAAGAAAACCCGCAAACGAAAACGAAGAGAGCGUACCAACGUGAGGAACGCUUUUGCGGUAGCGUGCACAGGUCGAGGAGAGCAUUUCUUCCAGAGUAACUUCGUCAGCAGCUUAAGUCGACGAUUGUCCAAGUCGGCAAACCUAGACAGAGCAUUGCGAAUGACGUUUACGGACGCGAGUAACAGCGAUGGUCGAGUGGGAAUUGAAGGUGGUGUGUUGGCUCUUGUAUCACUGCCACGUGAGCGAGAAGACGACGUGACUGCACGGCGAGUUCAUCUUGGUGCAGCAUUCACGACACGUUGUAUGGGUGUGGGCUACUUGCAGUGUCGUGCUAAUACUGAACCAGAAGUGCGCGUGCAGCUUCUACGUCGACCUGAGACCCAGAAAAGUGCGGCAGGAAGCGUACAUCUGGAAGUAGCUGUUCAUGUGUCGUCGUUCGACUUGGUGCAGCAUCAUCCUGACACGCACCAUGUUGAGACUAUAGCCAUGGAGAUUGAUGCUGACGGCCACUCGAGUGCGCUGUUUUCGGCCGUCUUACGCUCGGAAGUUCAAUGUGAACACAUUGGUCCUGACGCAUUAUUUCCGCCUCUCGUGGAGUUUAUGAAAGAAAACCUCGCAAGCUACCGCGUGCCGCGCAAGUGCUUUUUCGUAGAUGAGAUUCCUAAGAAUGCAAUGGGAAAGGUGAAUAAAAAAGCGCUCUCUACGAUCUACUUGGAGAAGUCUUAG